UUUCACAUUACCCAGUAGAACGUUAUACAGAGAAUAGCCAAGGAAAAAUGGAAUCGAGCACCGCAAACCAAUUGGCUCGCGAAGGAAUCCAACUUGCCCAAACAAUCGGUACUACUGUAGAAAAUCUCGAAGCUACAAAGGCUGAGUUGGAAAAGAAAAACAACAAGCUGUUAGAGGAAAAUAGGCUGCUAUAUUUGGAUCGUAAUACAUCGAUUGCAAAAUACGAAAAGUGCAUCGAAAAAAGAAUGUCCGAACUAACGAUAACUAUAGAGCAACUGCAGCAAAUGAGCACGGAAGAUAAUCAAGUUCUGGAAGCAAUAGUGAAUCAGAAAAAGAUUUACUGUGAAAUGCAAUCGGAAAUCAGAAAUUUAGAUGAAAUGGCUAGAAAAUUGUCUGAAGGUUGCCAGCAUGUGCUAACUGGUUUAGAAGAUGAAUUACACAAAAACGAAACAUUUUUAAAGCAACGCUAUGAAGCAAAGAUUAAAGAUUGUGAAAACAGAAUCUGCACAUUGAAAGCAACUGUAACUCACCUAAAUGAUGAGAAAGAGACUCUCGAAGCACAGAAAGCGAAAUUAAUGGAUACGAACUCUGAACUGGAAGCUCGUAUAACUGAAUUGCAGAAACUUUUGAACGAGGCAUUGAUGAAAAGGCCACUAACCGACCGACCGAAGACCGAAAUAGCAUAUGUAAAACCGAAUGCCAAAUAA